CCAGACCUCCCUCCACUUGUGGCUUUCCAACCAGUUAUGAAGAUGACAAGCCAGAAAUGGGAAAGCAAAGAGGAGAAGAAGCUUCUGAAGCCCUUGAUGGAGAAGCGACGGAGGGACAGGAUGAACCAAAGUCUGGAUCGACUCCGGGUUUUACUCUUUGAAGCCACGCAGGACGAGAGACUUAAAAACCCCAAAGUUGAAAAGGCAGAAAUUUUGCAAAAAACAGUUCAGUUUUUGAAGACUCAGCCUUUAUCAGAGACAAAGCACAAAGAGGACGCCUUCCUGCAGAGAUACCACAGCGGCUACCGGGAGUGCCUGACGCAAGCCACCCACUUCCUCCGAGGGAGCCCUGGCAUCUGCCAAGGCAAAAAGGCCUACCUGAUGGAGCACAUCUGCCACUGCAUGGAAAAGAUCACUGCCAGCCCCCGAGGGGAGCUCCCCAAACCUGCCCAAGCUGCAUCCACCCCAAACUACGGUGACCUGCAACAGCACUACAGCCCCGAUGUGUUUGCGGGGUGCAGCCCUUCUCCUGCAUAUGUUUUGCACCCGCCUCCGGCCAGUUAUCCUACCCACCAAGGACUCCAGCCCUCUUGCAUGAGUGGUUCAGGUCAGCAAGACGGUUGCGGCCGGUCGCAGCAAAACAAACUCUUGGAAACGCGCAAUUCCGCAACAGUGCAGAGUCCGCAAUCGCUCAACGUCUGGAGACCUUGGCCCUGAAGAAUCCUUUUUUCUUCCUUUCUCUCUUUCUACAGUUCCUUUGUAAAUGUCAAAUUCUAUAUAUAUUGUAUAUAACGGGUUUUAUGUUGGCAAAGAUUGGAGGGGGGUCUCUUAUCUGGGACGGUGGUGGAUUUUUCUUGUGCUUUCUUAGGGAAACAAAAAGACUAGAGGUCGGAGAGAGUAUGUUACAAAUAAUGUCAUUACCUAUUUAAAGAAUAUCUUUCUUUUUUUCUGUAAGUGGGAAAACAAAGAUAUAUCCGCAGAAUGCAUGUUGAAUGGGAAUUAAGUUGCUUCAUGGGUGUAACAAGGACAGUUUCCUGUAAAAUGUAACUUUGAAGGUAUUUGUAUAGGAGUUUUUGCACAGUUUAUGUCAUUCUUUUAUCAGUCUUAAAGAUUUUUUAAAGCAGCAUAUGUAAUGCCAAAGCAUGAGCAAUGAAACAAGGAAUGCAACAAGUUACUUUUCCAGAUGGCAAUGACAAUGAGUAAUGAAUGGUGGCCAAUUACUUUUAAAAAGGCCACUUCCCAAGCUCAGAAAAGACAGUUUUGUCUUUAAAUUUUAAAAAUUCCUCUUUGUAAUUAGGACUUACUGAAUGAACCCAGAUUACAAACAUGGAACUCUGGAGCCUUAUGGAGCAGUGGGUUUUGUGGUGAGAACAACGGGGUCUUGUUUU